UCUACUGCUCUUAGUCGUGCAUUGUCGUCCGCUAGCAGGCGUCCUUCCUUUGUUUAUAUAGGCCAAUCGAUCCGCACCUCGAUCCCGUAUCUCGACCACGUACAAUACGGACAUCACAACAGGAAUCACAUACACACGUAGAUAAGGGUGCUUGUGCAUCGACCGAAGGAAGCAGAAGAGGAGGAAGAAGAAGCAAAGCGAAGAGAAGAAGAAAAGAAAGAACAGUAGGAAGAACACAGCACAACACAACAAUAGAACCCGGUUCGUUCCUAGUUCCGGUUGCGGAUUGUCACGUUCGCCACAAUCCCCGUUCAAUCAACACCCAGCGUUCGCUGCAACUCCAAUCAACAACAACAACAACAACAACGAUCGCGGGAUCUGUACUGGAGACCGACAGACAACCGCACGCAGUGGUACAGCAAUAGGCAACAGUUGCCGGUUGCCUGGUUGGCUGGCUGGCUUCGUUGGCUGCCCGGUUGGUUAGUCGCUGGUUUUCGUGACGGUUUUUUGGUUCGUUAGGCUCCUGAAGAGGCGGCUCGAUAUGGCGGAGAUCGGUACUGCGCCGCUAGUGGCCGCUAGCAGCAUCGUGAAUCAAACGGGAAGCCUCAUGAUGAUGUACCUGACAACCCUUACCCUGCACAACGUCACCGAGAACACGAUCCACCCGGGAGGUGGGAUCGACGAGAAGUGUUACGGCAUGUUCGGGUGCUUCGGGAUCGACAAGGAGUGGACGAGUGCGAGGCGCCCGAUCGCACUGCACCCGCAGACCGUGUCCGAGAUCGAUGCCCGGUUUGCCGUGUUCAACGCGGACAACCGGACCUAUCCGAACUUUCUCGACAACACGUUUCUGGAUGCGGAAGUCGACGAGAUACGCGGUGCCGGCGUGAUCACCCGGUGGAUCAACCCGAACGCUACGAUCUACUUCAUCACGCACGGGUUUCUGGAGUCGGGCAAAACGAAAUGGAUCGAGCGCAUGCUGAACCUACUGCUGAACCGGGACCCGAACGCCACGGUCAUCGUCAUCGACUGGGGCCGUGGCUCGAACCCACCGUACAACCAGGCGUGCGCCAACAUCCGGCUGGUGGGCGCAAUCACCGCCCAUAUCAUCGAUAAGAUCAAGAAGGUGCUCGGUUUGCCGAACCUGGACCGGGUACACCUGAUCGGGCACUCGCUCGGUUCCCAUCUGUCCGGGUACGCCGGUCACGCCCUGAUCGAGGUGUUCCAGGAGAAGCUCGGUCGCAUCACGGGGCUCGAUCCGGCCGAGCUGGCCUUCACCGAGCAGGACGCACGGGUCCGGCUCGAUCCAUCCGAUGCCAAGUUCGUCGACAUCGUGCACAGCGACUCGACACCGUUCGUACCGCACAUCGGGCUCGGUCUGUUCGAACCGAUCGGCCAUGUCGAUUUCUAUCCGAACGGCGGCUCCGAUCAGCCCGGUUGCCGGCACGACUUCUGGAAGCACGCCGACACGCGCUUCGUCACCAACAUGUUCCAGUUCUUCAGCUGCAGCCAUUCGCGGGCGUACGAGUACUUCAUCGAGAGCCUGGAACCGGGGCGCCGGCCUACGGUGGGCGUAUCGUGCAGCAGCUACGACCGGUACCUGCUCGGCCACUGCUACGACUGUGCCCGGUUACCGCACCGUUGCGUCCGGUUUGGGCUGGACAGUGAGCAGGACUACCGGCGGAUGACGGAGCAGCGCCAGGGUCCGAUUCAACUCUACUUCCGUACCGCCGCCAAGGCACCGUUCCUGAUGCCCAACUACCGGCUGACGGUGGUGCUGUCCAACUCGACCGACAGCCGCAAGCACGGACCGGAGGUCGGCCGGAUCGUGCUGCAGCUGCAGUCCACCGAUGGUGUCCGCUCGGAUAAGGUCUUCUUCAACGAUGACGUCAUUAUGUUCGAACCCGGCCAUCGGUAUACGGCCGUCGUGAUGGUGAUGCGCUCCGGAGCGGAUGGUCGGCAGGAAAGUUACGACGUGGCCCGCACCAGCACCAUCGCCGUCAGCUGGGAGUACGAGACGAGCCUGCUGAAUCCGCUGAGCUGGCGGCUGAUAGCGACCCCCCGGGUUUACCUCGAGUCCCUCACGCUGCAACCGGUCACCGGUACCGGGAGGGACACCCCGACCGCUCACGCUCUGCCCCACCCGCAACACGCCCAUCAACUCCAUCGGCCAAACCGUGCUGGAACAAUCCAAAUGCAGUCCGGUGCACGGCUGAUGAUGAUGUGUGUGUGUGUGUGUGUGUUUAUGUGUCUCUCUCACGUACAAGUAUUAGCAGUACCGAGCAGCAGCAGCAGCAGCAGCUGUGAGUUGUUUGUUUGCUUUUUGUUUUUGUGUUUUUUUCCUGCGAAAAAGAAAGAGAGAGAGAGAGAGAGAGCGGGCAACCUUGUCCUCAUCACGAUGGAGGUCAGCAACACGACGGGCUUUCUGCUGCAGACGAUGCUGUUCAUGGUGCACCACGAGCUGAACAACUCGCUGAUCCAGCUCAUCCACAAUGGCACGCUCAGCGGUGACAGCAACAGAACGACUGGUGAACUGUCGUUGCCGGAGGACGUCCGGUGCUACGGUGUGUACGGGUGUUUUCCCAUCACCUACCCGUGGAUCGAUGAGAAGCGACCGGUCGCGUACCAUCCGUGGUCACCGGCCCAGAUCGAUGUCCGGUAUCCGGUGUUUAUCGAACCGAACACCACCCACCCGCGCUACAUCGACCUGAACGAUCCGCGCAGCGUCCGGAAGCUCGGUAUCCGACCGGAGGGUCGCAUCUACUUCAUCACGCACGGUUACAUCGAGUCCGGUGAUCGACCGUGGAUCCAGCAGAUGGUGGAUGCGUUCCUCGAGGAUGACCCGGACGGGACGGCCACCUGCAUCGUGAUCGAUUGGCGCAAGGCCUCGAACCCACCGUACACGCAGACGUGCGCCAACAUCCGGCUGAUCGGUGCGAUCACCGCCCACGUCAUCAACAUGCUCUACGAGGAGCUCGGGAUGCGCGAUCUGGACCGGGUGCACCUGCUCGGUCACUCGCUCGGUUCGCAUCUGUGCGGUUACGCCGGGUACUAUCUGCAGAAGGACUUUGGGUUGCUGCUCGGUCGCAUCACGGGGCUCGAUCCGGCCGAACCACUGUUCUCCGAUACCGAUCCGCUGGUGCGGCUCGAUCGUUCCGAUGCCCGCUUCGUCGACGUCAUCCACUCGGACGGUUCGGAGUGGGUGUCGAAGGGUGGGCUCGGCAUGUACCAACCGAUCGGGCACGUCGAUUUCUACCCGAACGGGGGCUACAAUCAACCCGGGUGUAACGAUCCGAUGACGAAGUUUAUCCGCAAGCACGACGAAUCGUUCUUCUGGGGUUUCCAGGAGUUUUUCGGCUGCAACCAUCUGCGGUGCCACCAGUUCCUGACCGAUAGCGUCCGCCAUCGGUGCCCGUUCGUCGGGAUCGGGUGCGAAUCGUAUGCGGCGUUUCGGCGGGGCGAGUGCUUCGACUGUGACCGGGAUGGCCAUUACUGUAUCGACUUUGGGUUGAAGGCACGGGACAGCUACCAGCGGUUGAUCGAGAACGGCAUCAUCACCGAUCCGGCCGCACCGCUCAGCGUUUACAUGUUUACCGGGCCCGAUCCACCGUACUGCCGAUCCCACUACCGGGUGCUGCUGCGCGUAUCGGACGAGGAGGAAAGCCUGAUCCACGGUGGCGAGAUCGGUAAGAUGUCGCUCGAGGUGCACGGUGAGGCGGGGCUCCGGUCGGGCCGGAUGGACUUUUCGGCCGAUCCGGUGUACUUCGAGCCGGGUCGUAACUACACGGCCAUUAUGGCCGGUGCGCACGUCGGCCCGGCCCCGCUGAAGGUGCUGCUGAGCUGGGCGUACCGGACGAACCCGCUCAAUCCGCUCACCUGGCGCCUGCUAGCGUCACCGCGCGUCUACGUCCGGGAGCUGGUGAUGCAGCUGCUGGAGCAGCGCAUCAGUGUGCGGCUCUGCCCGCUCAACGGGGCCCCGGUCAUGGCGGACGCCGACAACGAGUUCAAGCGCGAGUACUGCACGACGCCGUGAGCGCGGAACGGAACGGAACGCGCCCUUAUAGCCAAUAAAGACCCACCAACACCACCACCGUUCGAUCGAUCGAUCGAGUAUUCGGACACAUACGGAUGACUCGCACACACACGC